ACGACGAGAUAUCGUUGCGAGAUGUCGUCCCAAACAAAGAUGGCCGUGGCCCCUGGGUCCCUGGUGAACAAAAACAAAAAGAAUUUCAUUGGUGUUCCCGCACCACUUGGCUACGUACCUGGCCUGGGCAGAGGAGCUACAGGCUUCACUACAAGGUCUGAUAUUGGUCCUGCCAGGGAUGCCAAUGACAUUAGUGAUGACAGACAUCCUGCUCCUAAAAAGAAAAAACAAGAUGAAGAAGAUGAAGAAGAAGAUUUGAAUGAUUCAAACUAUGAUGAGUUUCAUGGUUAUGCAGGGAGUCUGUUUGCAUCAGGACCUUAUGAGAAAGACGAUGAGGAAGCAGAUGAAAUUUACGAAGCAAUCGAAAAAAGGAUGGAUGAGAAGAGGAAAGAGAGAAGAGAGAAAAGAUUGAGAGAAGAAUUGGAAAGAUAUCGACAAGAACGACCAAAAAUCCAGCAGCAGUUUUCAGAUCUUAAGAGACAAUUGGCGGAUGUAUCCGAAGAUGAAUGGUCUAGUAUUCCUGAAGUUGGUGAUGCCAGGAAUAAAAAACAAAGAAAUCCAAGACAUGACAGAUUGACCCCAGUUCCUGACAGUCUAUUGGCUAAAGCAGCCUUAUCUGGUGAAUCAGUGAAGUCAUUAGACCCCAGACAAAAGGUAUCUGAUUCUGUAAGUGGACAGACCGUGGUCGACCCGAAAGGUUAUCUCACAGAUCUACAGAGUAUGAUCCCACAGAUUGGUGGAGAUAUUGCUGAUAUCAAAAAAGCCAGACUUUUAUUGAAAUCUGUCAGAGAAACGAAUCCAAACCAUCCUCCAGCUUGGGUUGCAUCUGCUAGAUUGGAAGAAGUGACUGGUAAGUUGCAAGCCGCUCGGAAUAUCAUAAUGGACGCUUGUGAAAAAUGUCCUAAAAGUGAGGAUUUAUGGCUAGAAGCAGCAAGACUACAGCCUGGUGAUGCAGCUAAAGCUGUCAUAGCACAAGCAGCAAGACAGUUACCUCAGUCUGUCAGGAUAUGGAUUAGAGCAUCUGAUUUAGAGUCUGAAACUAAAGCAAAGAAAAGAGUACUCAGAAAAG